AUGAGUGGUGGACAAUAUGUGACAUAUGUACAGGAUCUAGAACAGGAACCGUUCGACGCAAUUGAUCUUGUUGAAAAACUGGCAUGGAGAAUGACCGGAAGUGCUCAGACUAUAAACGAUCCGGUUUCUUUGAAAAUGCGAUUCGAGGAAGAAAUUGGCAGUUUACAGAUGCUUUGUGAUCAGUUUCAGAACAAAAUCAAUACUCUUGAAAAGCAAAUGAACGAGGAAAAGAAGGAUUAUGUACAAAAACUUCACCGUCUUCACGAGAAAAAUGGAGAAGCAAUUGAUAAAAUGAAACAAUUAGAUCAUACAAUGCAAGCAGUCUCUACAAAAGUUGUUCAUCUUGGUGAUCAACUUGAAUCCGUCGAUCAACCACGUUCACGAGCUCAUGAUGCUCAUCAAUUGAUGCAACAUUUCGAUGAAUUCCUCUCAGAUCAACCUCUCAAUUCCAUGAUUUUCACUGAUCCUGAUAAGCUUCUCGAAUCUGCCGAUCUGGUGCAUAAGCUUUAUUCAAUUUCUCAGGAACUCAAUAAGGACAAAUUUGCAAAUGUUCAAGCUAGAAUUGGACAAAGAUAUAAAGUUGUCGAAGACUUGCUAAUCGAAGAAUUCGUCAGAUCUCAACGAGAUGAGAAGAAAAUGGCAGAAGUUGCGAAGAUUUUGAGCGAGUUCAAAGGUUAUUCGGGUUGCGUCGAUCGAUACGUCGAUUUCUUGUGUCAAUCAAUUCAUCCACGUGGCGAUGGUGGAGAAAUUCUAGCGGAUUGCUUGCAAUUAUGUCGAACUCAACAACCAAGAAUAUCUGCAAUAUUUCCAUCUCCACACACUGUUAUGCAGAAAUUGGUUCUGAAUAUUUUCACAGGACGAAUGAAAGAAACAAUAACUGCAAGACUUAGAGAAUGUAAAGAUACAGAUGAUCAAGAACAUUAUCUCCGUGAUUUGGCAUAUCUCUAUUCGAGCACUUUGAAAAUGUGUAAAGAAUUGGAAAAACUUCAUAUCAGCCCAGACAGUGCAUUUUUAUCAACUCUCACUGACUCUAUUUUCCAAAGAUACAUAGCUACGUACUGCUCGGAAGAGUUGAAAUAUUUGAAUGAUCAAUGUUCGAAUCUCCUUCAAAGAUUCUAUGAAUCAAAAAAACACGUAAAGAAACAAAUUGGAGGUGGAUUACACGAGUUGAAACGAGAUGUGGCUGCAAGAUUAAUGAAUGUGGAAACUUAUGGAGGAGAGACUUUUGUCGCUGAAGAUGUCGCCAUUUCGAUUCUUCAAGAAACCAAAAAUGCGUUUGGGCGGGCAAAUCAGUUAUGUGACAAAGAAGAGCUGCCAAGACACGUGGAAAAUAUCGUAGACGUUCUAUUAAAAUAUCUUUACGGAGAACAUUUGGAUUAUGCUGUGGAGACAGGCUUGGCUGGAAUUUCUCUUGCAGAAUCAAAAACUGAACCACCUGCCUACUUUUUCUCGGUUGUUGCAAAAUGUACCAGUGUCAUUUUACUUAUGAUUAAACAAUUUGAAGAUCCCAUUUUCCCUAUUAUCAAAGAAACAAUUGUCGAACCAUCUGUUGCCAAGAAAUGGCAACAAUCUCUGCGUUCUUUGGAAUCAAAAAUGAGUUUAGGAUUGGAACGGCAAUUGAAUUCAAUCGUAGGAUACGUGAAAUUCUUGUUCAGCGAACAAAAGAAAACUGAUUUCCGUCCGGAUUCUCAGCAAAUUGAUAUUCGAGUAUCCCCACAAUGUCAAUUGGCAUCUCGUUUUCUUGCAAACCAAGUUGCUGCAAUGGAGUUGGGAUGUGAUGGCGAAAAUUUGGAAGCACUUCAAUCUGAUCUUGCAACUCGGCUAUUCAAAUUCAUGCUUACACAUAUUCAACAGUUCACAUAUAAUUCUACUGGUGCUGUACUUCUUCUUUGUGAUGUUGGAGAACUUCGAACUCUUGUAUCAAAAUGGAGAGUUCAAAAUGCACUGACACAAUGGGAAAGUCUUCAAGCUCUUACCAAUUUGCUCGCCGUUCUUCCCGAUCAAGUUAAUGAAACAGCUCACUCCUCGUUGCUCGAAAAUGUUGAUAGACAAUUGAUUCAUGAUUUUGUUCGACUUCGAACCGAUUUCCGAUCUAUUAAAAAUUUCCAAAUUUAGUUGUUCAAAUAUAUUUAUUGCCUUUUUCGAUUUUUGUGAAUGUCUAUUUCUUAUCCAGAUGCUUUUUUCUUGUGAUAGAUUGGAUUUUUAAACUUAAUCUUGAAAUUUUUUUAAAUAAAAACUAACACUUAAUACCGUUGCGGGUAUUCUUGUAAAUAAAAUGCUUGCUUU